CGGACACUUGUGGCAUUAGUGGCGCUGAGAGACGCAGCCGCAAUUUCGAUUCAAGUCGCGACUCAAGAGCACUGGAAAAUUGGCCAGAGUUUGCGGGAAAUCGCGCACGUCCCGUGAAGAAAUUCGCCGAUUAUAGCUCGCAGUCAACUUUGUCUUCAAAUCUGUCUGCUAAAAGUGAGCACCACCUGCUGAGAGCGUCGAGUGUCGAUUGGAAAAGUCGCUUUUAACAACAACAUGAUUUCUGCUUUUCCACUCCUGAUAAAAUGAGUCACACUCUCGCGCUAAGAAUGACGACCACGAGUUGAAUGAACGAUUAUUGUGACCAUCCCGCGUCUGUCUCAAUUUUGUUCCUAGGCCAUGGAUGAGUUAAACAUGGAGGAUGAAAGCCCUGUGCCAAUGCCCCGAUCUCCGAGGCCAAAACCAAGAGCUUUUCCGGCUUUUGCCCCAAUAGCUGCCCCACGAAAAUUAUCUGUACCAGUGCCAAAACCCAGAUCGCUACCAAAACCUCAAUCACCGUCUCUAGAGUCGCCUGUCAGUGAAGAUUCACAAAAUGAUGAGCAGGACCUUAGUACGCACUUGGCAACGCCAUUGUCUCCAAGAUCGUCUGGUUCUGUGAAAUCUUUAGAGGACGACUUGAGUAGUUCAGUUCAGGAUGAAGUCCAGAUGCGACAUUCAGGCAUCAAGCGUCAGGUGACGCAGUCCCUUCUUGUCGACUUUGACCCAUUGCUCAGCCAGCAAAUUGACUCUGUUGACUUCGGCAACGGCAGUUUAGACGAUUUGGCUGAAGAGGAAGAUGCUCAAUAUGGGAAUCCUGCCGAAACCAACGACAAUCCUCAGACAGAUAUAAAUCUUGAAGAGGUAAAUGAAGGAUAUGCAACUGUUCCUGAAUUACAGCCAAACCAUCAGACAGAGCGACAGUCGGAACAUAUUUAUGAUCCUGUGGCGUUGGAUGAGCCUGAAGUUGAAGAGGAACCACCUGAACCUCCACCUCGAAUGGACUCGAUUCCACGCGAGAUGUGGGACAACAUUCCUGCCGCCCGGAUUGGAAACAGCGUUGAGACGCCACUUGAAAUGAAAGCGGCGGUCAAGAGGGUCAGCGGCAUCAACAGGGCGGUUCGCAGUUUCCGAAAUUUCAUGGGGGAAUCUGCGAGUCGCUUGACGCCUCCGCAGAUGCCGUCGAAUGCUUUAAAGAGGCCCUCUGCCGACCGCCACAUCCACGAGGGCCGACUUACCAUGUGUGGCCGGGAAAAGGUGAGGUGUGUGGCCAAAAUCAGUACGAAAAACAUCUCCUGGUUUCCGGAUGGUGGCAAAAAGUGGAUGAACUGGAAUUUAGAGCACACUGUUGAAGUGGCUGCCGUAAAAUUGCAGGACAAGUCUGGUUUUGAAGUUCUCAACUGUGAUGGAAGUUCGUUCAACAGCAUCAUGUUUGAGGCUCAGUCAGAGGACGACAGAGAAAGGUGGAUGAGCAAAAUGUCCCAGGCUCUGACGGAGGAAACCCUGAUACACCAUGUGGCUUCUCGAAUUGGAUGGUUGUACUUGAAGGAAGGUGUCGGCGGGACGUGGAGUCCAUCUUGGCUCAGUUUGCACGGUCGGCGCCUCAGGUACUUAGUGCCUGGGCAAGAGCUGCAGGAAAUUGAUCUCAGGAAGGCCAGGUGUUUUGAAAAGGAUGGUGAUAGUGAGGAUGGCAUUUUGUCAGGAGAGUCUCUGUUUGUGGUGCAGCUGGGCAAUAGUAGCUUGUACCUGCAAGGUAUCGGUCCGAAGGCAACGGAAAGGUGGCGCCUUGCAAUUAAAAGUGCAAUCAUGAAAAACGGGAAAAGCCUCCGAGAGCAUCAGCUCACGCCAAAUAAUGUUGUGGUGCUCGUCGAGAUGUGCACCAAUUUUGUCAUCACAAAUGGUCUUAGUUCUGAAGGUAUCUACAGAAUUGCUGGGCAGUCGUCAAAGGUUUCCGCCCUGUUGGAGGCACUACAAAAGGACCCUUAUUCAGUAGCUCUGACCAUAGCUGACUACAAUGAGCACCUCGUCGCUUCGGCUUUGAAACGAUUUUUCGUUGCUCUACCAGAACCAAUUCUCAGCACUGAACUGAUGAACACUUUAGCCAAAACGCAAACUCCUGAAGCCAUGGGCCACCUCAUCCGCCACAAACUGCACAAGGUCGCUUUUGCCACCCUUCGAAAGGUCCUCAGCCACUUGAAUUUAAUCACCAGAGAGCAAUCGAGAAAUAAAAUGGAUGCAAAGAACCUCGCCACUGUAUGGGCUGUUGGCCUAACUCACAACACCAGUGCCAACACAACUGUACUCACUACCUUAGUUGAAGAUUUUCCGUCCGUAUUUGAAGUCGACGACUUGGAGAGACAGAAAGAAACAAAGGUGCUAAGGAUGCUGGAACGUCUGCACAGUGCGCCGCCACAAACUGUUGGUGCAGGAGAUCUCCGAAUUUGGCUCACAUUGGGCGACGCCUCAUCCACAGAAAAUGUUCAAGUUUUGCUCAACCCACACAAAACGGCAGAGGACGUUGUUGCCGAAGCAGCAGCGCACCCCACGUGGCGCCUGCAGGAGGUUGCUCUUGGAGGCGCUCUUUGGCGACCUCUACACCCCUCCGAAUUGGUGAUGGAGGUGGUGGCGCGAUGGGGUUACUGGACCGACGAGGACCGCGCACACAACAAACUAGUGCUGGGGCCAAGUACCUUUUACGAUGAGCUAAAGCCUCUUGCGGUGCCUCCUGCCAUUGCUUGCGGCCAAUUCAAGUUUGCCACCCCCGAACUCAAGGCGUACAAAACCCGUUUCCUGCAGCUGCGCCAAGGGGUUGUCUCCAGUGCCAAGAUCAAGGGCACUUCGACGGUUACGGUUGGCGAGUGGCCCAUCAAGGACAUGGUUUGGUACCAGGGCUACGAUUCGAAACGAGGCCCGGCAGGGGACCGAAGAUGGUACCUCUCAUUGAUUUCGAAAGAUGGAAAAAAGGCAGUGAGAAGUAAAGAGAGGCCCUUCUUUGGCUGCACGAUCGCCAUGGAACGGCGACAGGACAUGCUCGAGUGGUGCGCUAGCCUCGUGUUGGCCGAGCACCCCUCCGGGAUCUGAAUUUGAGUCACAAGGCUGUUGUUUGUUUUGUUACUUUGACCAGUGGUUUUUAAUAAUAUAUAAUCAAUGAUCAUGAUACAAUAAUAAUUAUUACAAUAAUAAUAUAACUCGCGCACGCAUACAUACGAGGCUGAAUAAUUUAAAUAUUGACAAUUUAUUAUCCACUUUUUUUUAAUCAAUUAGUCAGGCGCAAUAGUACGAUAUAAAAUUACGAUUGUUUACAUGGUUGUUACAACAACAUGUUUUCAAAACAAGCAGCAUGCACAGGACUAGGUAAUAAAAAUAAUCAUUACGUUAAAAAGCAGUCUCUCGAUAAAAAUUGUGCUGAAAAGUAAAUUUUUCUCCGUAUUGCACCGUCUGUCAAGGCAGAUGAGGACAAUUGUGAACAAGUGGUCAUUUCCGAAAAACAGACAGAGUGAGAGAGGCGCUCAUUUGUCAGUGGGUGCUCGUUUUCAAAAAUACAUUUUUUAAUACACCUGGACAUUUAAAUUUUCGAGGCCACAUCAAAGAAAUCUCGGUUGUGAGUAAUUUACAAAUUGAACACUCUGUUCAAAGUGAGAGCAGAAAUAAAAGGAUAAAACUUCUCGAUUAAAAUUAUGAUUUUCAAGCCGAUUUUAAAACAACAACGUAAAAUCACAAGAAUUAUCACAAUGACCUGACGGUUGUACACAAAUGGAACUCAAAUUUUAAAAAAUGCGGCGGCUUCGAAGAGGAAGAAAGUGAGCGGGAAAUCCGAGUAAACGGGCCUCUCUCAAAGCGGAUUUCACACAUUCGACUCUUUUCUCAGGGGCGUGAGUCGCAGCCCUUUGGCCAACAUUUGCGCUUCCAGUUCUUUAUCCUCUUCGGAGUACCUGAAGCACAGUCAGAACAAAAGCCUCAUUAGGUAAAUAGUGGGGUUGAGUCACAUGAAAGGGUUGCUACCUUCACACGGACACCGAGUUGAGUCGGGACGGUCAAAGGUGUUUGUUUUUGGGAAAGAAGACAGUUCCAAGACCCCCGACAAACACCUCACUAACUACCAAGUACUGCAUGCAAAGUGCAAAAUUCCAAGUGCCAAAAACAUACCACAAUUAGCCACAAGGUGCAAUGUUAUAAAAAUAAAAAUGUGAUGUAAAUAUUUAUAGAAAAUUAUAUUGUUGAAAUAGUUGGUCGGAUCCUUAUUGAAAGGAUUAUUUUAUAUAUGAGCAAGUUUAAGCUUUUAAAUAUUAUAAAAGUUGUUAAUAAAACUCUCUAUGCAA